ACAUAAGAAAAUAGUCACAAUCGCAGUAGUAAAAUUUUUUGGAGAAGUUAUCGCGAAGAUUUAAUUUUUAAGUACGCAAUUUGUGUAAAAAAAAGUUUUCAUUAAAUAUAUAGUAAAAACUAGUGUGUUUGUAGAAUCUGUUUCAAAGAAAACAAUUGAACGAGCAUAAAAUGCCACUCAAGGAACGCAAUAUUGCCAUGAUGGGUUACAGCUCUGUGGGCAAAUCAUCAUUGUGCAUACAAUUUGUUGAGGGUCAAUUUGUGGACUCCUACGAUCCGACAAUUGAGAACACCUUUACGAAAAUAGCUCGAGUGAAUUCGCAGGACUACGAUGUCAAAGUUGUUGAUACAGCUGGACAAGAUGAGUACAGCAUAUUCCCUGUGCAAUAUAGCAUGGACUUCCACGGAUAUGUUCUUGUCUAUUCGAUAACCAGUCAAAAGUCUUUUGAAGUGAUCAAAAUUAUCUACGAAAAGUUGUUGGAUGUAAUGGGAAAGAAAUAUGUACCUGUUGUAUUAGUUGGAAACAAAACCGAUCUACACCAAGAGCGCAUGGUGUCUACUGAAGAAGGGCGUAAAUUAGCUGAAUCAUGGCGAGCUAUAUUUUUGGAAACUUCAGCUAAGCAAAAUGAGUCUGUUGCUGACAUAUUUCAUCGACUUCUCAUAUCCAUUGAGAGUGAAAAUGGUAAUCCACAGGAAAAGAGCAAUUGCAUUAUUUCGUGAGAGCAUUCAGCCGUAAAUAACUGGUCACAACAAAAACAACGCCCUAUUCCAAUUUCCACUGCAGCAUUAAUCUACAUAAUAGCAGCAGCAACAUUAACUGGUACACCUAAAACAUUAAAUAAGACCAUAUCACAGUUGAUCAGUGCGAACGAACUACAGAAGGAAGCGCUCCAUGGAAAGCUGCAGUGCAUUGUAGGCGUGGUUGAAGCCGUGGUCGCGUAUAUGUGUGAACUAUUUGAAUGCGUAGGUGAGAAUGUGUGUGCGAAUUUUUCUUAUAACCCCCAGGGUAGCUGCCAAAUUUUAUGCUUGGCACUAUCGAAACAAAACAUGA